AUGCUUCGCCGUUUGUCUGUUUCUGUAGACGAUGUGUCGCGUCGGACGAACAAAAUCGAGACUUCCGAGCGGAAAGGUCUCAUGGGCGGCGCUAUCGGAAAGUGGCUGGAGCAAGAAUGGGACUACCAAAGACACUCCUUACCUGGCAUCGACAAUAUGUGGUUUCUCCUCCAGCGGGAGACUGAUUUCAAUCCCGUUUGCGCGGGCAUAUUCACCUUCAAGGACGCCUUCACAUUCGAAUCCCUCGUCUCCGUAUGGUCGGCCAUGACAGAGCGCUACCCGGCCUACCGCCAACGCGUCACUGGGCUGAACCGCCGCUUCCACACCGCACGUCUGAAGGAGGACCUCAACUUUGACGUGCGGAAUAAUAUCACGGUCGUGGAGAUGCCUGACGGGAAGAACGGGAAGGACGAGCUGGAAGACGAGAUGGCACGCUUCAUUGCGCGCGACUGGGACCUCAGCAAGCCGCUCUGGGAGGUGAUAGUGUUCUACAACUACCGCGAUGAAACUGGCGCGAAAUGUGCCGUCAUCACGCGAGCGCAUCACGCUUUAUCGGAUGGACAAGGCUUCGUCCUCUCCCAGCUAUCCAUCACCUCCGCAGGGCCCAAGAUCGAAGCCCAGCUGAAAAAAGCUGCAGCGGUCCAAUGCAACCUUGAAGUAGGCAGAGCGAAACUUUCCGAUCUUCCCAUCAACGGUCUCGGCAAGCGCCUCAAACCCCUCGAUCCCUUCGUCCCCAGCGUCCUCGUCACGUUGCUCUUCUGGGUGCUAUGGCUUCUAUUCAGUGCCAUUACGAUCCUGUACGACGUAUACACGUGCACCCGCGCGGUGCUCAUCUUCGUCAGCUUCCGGCGGAAGGCACUGCAGUACGACGGUCCGCGCAGGGAAGAGAAGGAGUUCUCCUUCUCGGACGCUAUCUCGCUGCAGGACAUUAAAGUCGUGCAGAAGGCGUUCCAGACGCCGCUGAGAAGGAUCACGCUAAACGACGUGAUGUGCGCUGUCGUGACCAAGACCAUCCGGCAGUACUGCGAGGAGCACGGGGGCUUCCCUGACAAGCGCGUUGCGCUCUUCAUCCCGAUCUCCAUCCGCUCGCCCUCCGAUCAACGGAUGAAAAACCUCUCCACCGGCGCAACCGCCUACUUCAACGCGCACAAGCCUUGCACGCAGGCGCUCAUCCACGCGUGCCACGACGAGAUGCAGAAGCUCAAGACCGCGUUCUACCCGCGCAUCGCGUUCGCGUUCCUCGAGCACAUCUACCGCAUCCCGAUGCUCUUCCCGCACAGCAUCCAGUACUACUUUACGCACCACGGCGAGGAGCGCAACGUCAUGGACGAGAGGAUCCCGAUUAUUGACUGGGCGAUGAGCAAUUUCCACGGCGUGCUCACGAAUGUGCCGGGUCCGUCUAGUCCGUUCGACGUUGAUGGCGCGGAGGUGCUGAGGUGGACGGCGAGCCCGCCGCAGGCGGGGAAGGGUACGCUGGGGCUUGGCAUGAUUUCGUAUAACGGCCAUUUGGUGUGGACUGUCACGGCGGAUAAGGUCGAGCAGUACCAGGGAGUUGCUAGGUACUUGACUAGAGGAUUCAAGAAAACAUUUGAGGAGUUUCUGGAGGAGGCAAAAUCUCUGCAAGAGCACGACGAUUCGUCGCAUUCGUUGGGUAUCAACGGACACAGCAUCUUGGGUAACGGGAAAGCACACUCGGACUAA